ACCAGUUCUCUUAAGAGGAUGUUCGAAUGUUCGCUGUUUGUAUAACGAGUCAGAUAGAACUCAACAGAAGGACCUGAACGAUGGCCGAGGGGGAAGUCAACUAUGCCUCAGUUAUUUUCAAAACUAACAAGCUUUUCCCACCUGAAGCUAAAAAGGAGGAGGAAACUGUGUACAAUGAAGUCAAGGUGCAAAGCAAAACAACCGAAAAGACUGCUGACACAAACGCUGAAAAGGAGGAUCAAACUGUGUACGAUAAUGUGAAGGAGCAAAGCGAAACAAGCAAACAGACUGCUGACAUAAACUUCUCAGCAGGACUUUUGCCAGAGAUGAAAACAAACAGCAGAGGUCGCUGCUAUCAGCAGGUGGCUUGUUGUUUGGGGAUUCUUUGUGUCAUUUUGCUGUUGAGCAUCAUAGCAGUCUGUGUCUACAUUACUACAUUAAGUCAUGAAAGAGAAAAUGAAAACCUGAGGAGGGAACACAACAAUCUGACAGUCCAGUUGGAGAACCUGACACAAGCCUAUACUGUCUUAAAAAGCAACAUCACAAACCUGUCUGCAGAAAACCAGAACGUCACAUCACAAAACACCAAGCUGUCUGCAGAAAACCAGAACCUGACAUCACAAAACACCAAGCUGUCUGCAGAAAACCAGAACCUGACAUCACAAAACACCAAGCUGUCUGCAGAAAACCAGAACCUGACAUCACAAAACACCAAGCUGUCUGCAGAAAACCAGAACCUGACAUCACAAAACACCAAGCUGUCUGCAGAAAACCAGAACCUGACAUCACAAAACACCAAGCUGUCUGCAGAAAACCAGAACGUCACAUCACAAAACAGGCAGCUAGAGACACGGAACCAGGAGCUCCAGACAGAGAGGAACAACGUGACAGAACAAAUACUGAACAUGGAGAAAAAGUGGAAUGAGUUCAACGUCAGUCGAGCUCAGUGGAGCAUUGAUGCCUACUGCCCAAAAGAAAACCAAAACAGACAGUGUAAACCUUGUCAGGAUGGCUGGUUACCCUCCCAGUCCAGCUGCUAUGCGAUUAAUGACCCUGAUGUUUCUGGUCAGAAAACCUGGGAAGAAGCUCGAGAAAACUGCAGAGGAAAGAUUUCAGAUCUGGUUGUUAUAGUUGAUCAAACAGAGAAGACAUUCAUCAAUGAUAAAAGUUGGGGCAGUUCAGGAACCAAGGGAUACUGGAUUGGUCUGAGAGCUGAAGAUGGGAAAUGGAAGUGGGUCGAUGGAAGUGUUCUGACUGAAAACUCCUGGAUACAACAACCUGCUACCAACGGUCAGUGUGUAAUUUCUGUCCAGAGAGAAGGAUGGAAAUCAGUGAGCUGUGGUGCCAGAAACAGAUGGUUCUGCAAAAAGAAGGCUUUAUCUCUUUAAACACUGCAGUCAUACUUGAGAAGGUUACUGGGGACUCUGUAAAGAUUCAUUACAUGGAAGAUGAUAUCAACUGGAUUAUAAAAAUUAAAGUAUGAAGACUUCUACUACACAGAUUAUUUCUUUCAAAAACAAUGCGUGUGUUUAAAAACAAAAGGGGUCGGUGUGUGUUUGUGUGUCACUGCAAAAAAAAAGACAGUCAGAUCCAAUGUGUACGUGCAGUUAGAUGCUGGAUUAUAUCGGUACUGUGAGACUGACUACUGACACCAGCAUUUAGGAAAAUACAGUCACUGACCUAAAGAGAAACCAAAGUGUUAAUUAUUAAUAACUUGGAUGUGCUUUUCUUCUUCUUUGUUAGAAAUGUAGAGCUUAUGAUUUGUGUGUCAGCAGAUGGAUGAAAGGGAACAACAAGACCAGUUUCCUGAAUGUGACAUUUUACAUUGUUUCUCCUGAUUGGCCAACAGGUGCAUUAUUUGUUCUCAAGAGAAUGUUCCAGUGUUUGGUUACUUUUUGUAUUCUGGCGUAUAUAAUAUUUAUACAAGUGAUGGUUAAGUUGUGUCUCUUUGUUUUACUUGUUUCAAAGCAAUCAUUAGGUUGGGAUAAAUAAUAUGAUAUUGUAAUAUUUUGUGAUAAGUUCUAAUAUUUUCUGUUCUGUUACUGUUGCACAGGUGCUUUCUUUCUUUCUUGCAGGUCAAACGUUGGCCUCUUUAUGGCAGUUUGACUCUGAAAUGAUGCUGCAUGUGUUAAUGUUGCUGAGUUUGUGUUAAAAAGACAAAGACUGUACUUUGGUACACAUUGUUUCUUCUCAGCUGUGACACUGAGGCUGUUCAUGAUGAGGAUACAUGAAACACAUCACUGAUUCCUCCUGUGUAUAAAAUAGCUUUUACAUUUUUAGGAGGACAGUAUGUUUUUCUCCUUAGUUAGAUAUAAUAUGUCAGAUGUUUGAUUUUAGUUUUGUAAUAUAGCAGGUAAUCACUGGUAUCUCUGGUGAUGCUCUUGUUAUUGUUAUACUUUCAUAUCUUGAGUUACCCUGUGACUGCAAAACAUUUGCUUACAACUUAGUUUUGUGAGGAACAGCUCUAACACACAGCUCCCCCUAAAAUUUGUGUACAUAUAAAGAAUCAUGAGACAAAUGUCUAAUUAGUGAGCUAGUGAGGGAUUGAUAGGUGUAUUUGUUUUUCAGACAGAGCCAGGCAAAGGGUUUCCACACUGUCUGCUGGCUAACACUGGCACAUUUACAGUAAUGUUGAUUAAUGUGUGUUGUCCUUAUAAAUAAAUAAAUGUCCUGUCUUAAUGCUAAGCUCGGCUAAAUGUAUCCCAUCUCCAGCUCUAUCCUUCAUACACAGACAUUAGAUUGAUAUCGACUGUCUCAUCUUGUUCAUUUUUAGAAUACAAAUACAGUGUGACCUUCUGGAUGGAAUCGUACAUCUUUUCUUCGUAUUGAUCGGUGAAUGAUCGGCCCUGGAUCAAUAUAUGUAACUAUAAAUGUACAAGGGGGUAGAGAUGGUGACUGCUUUGCUCAGGGACCUUGUCUUUACCUUGAAGUCAGUCUGUAUAAGUAUGUACUGUAAGUAUAUAUAAGAGUAUGUGACUUUCCCUCAUACCCUC